AUGUUAUAUUUAAUUGGGUUAGGUCUUUCUUAUGAAAGUGAUAUCACUGUUCGUGGAUUACAAGUUGUUAAAAAGUGUAAAAGAGUAUACUUAGAAGCUUAUACUUCAAUUUUAAUGGCUGCAAGUAAAGAAAAAUUAGAAGAAUUUUAUGGUCGUGAAGUUAUAUUAGCUGAUAGAGAAUUAGUUGAAAGUGGUAGUGAUCAAAUUUUAGAAGGUGCUGAUCAAGAUGAUGUUGCCUUUUUGGUUGUUGGUGAUGUUUUUGGUGCUACUACUCAUACUGAUUUAGUUAUUAGAGCUAGAGAAUUAGGUAUUCAAACUGAAGCUAUUCAUAAUGCAUCAGUUAUGAAUGCAGUUGGUGCAUGUGGUUUACAAUUAUAUCAAUUUGGUCAAACUGUUUCACUUGUUUUCUUUACUGAUAAUUGGAGACCUGAUAGUUUUUAUAAUAAAAUUUUAGAAAAUAGAAAAAUUGGUUUACAUACAUUAGUUUUAUUAGAUAUUAAAGUUAAAGAACAAAGUAUUGAAAAUAUGGCAAGAGGUAGAUUAAUUUAUGAACCUCCAAGAUAUAUGAGUAUUGAAACUGCUGCUCAACAAUUAUUAGAAAUUGAAGAAAAAAGACAAGAACAAUGUUAUACACCAAAUACACCAGCUGUAGCAAUUUCAAGAUUAGGUUCACCACAACAAACUUUUAAAGCUGCUACAUUAAAAGAAUUAUGUGAUUAUGAAUCAGGUGAACCAUUACAUUCUUUAAUCAUUUUAGGAAGACAAGUACAUGAUCUAGAAUUAGAUUACUUAUAUCAUUAUUGUGAUGAUAAAGAAGGUUUCAAAAAAGCUGUUGUUGAAGAUCAAGAAUUUUUUAAACCUCCACCUUACGUUCCACCACCUGAAGAAGAAUUCAGUGAUUAA